AUGGCCGCCGUGGUAGACAGUGGAGGGCAAAGCAAUGACGCGGCCUCGAACCCUGCGCUGGUUCCUGGACAAGGUACUGGAUCGUAUUUUCCCCGCAUAGACCAGUUUUAUAUUCCCGAGUGGCUGACCAUGCAGUUUGUGCUUAACAACCUGAUUUGUUUUACACCUCUGAUUUCGUAUGGCACCACAGUGCUUAGUAUCCAGAAGUCAAGGACUUCGCUGGGAUUUUCCAUGGACAUUUGUGCUACGAUGUUACUUGCAAGCAUUCUCCGCAUUUCUUACUACCUCAUUACGCCCUACGACAUCAUAUUAUUGCGACAAUCUAUGGUAAUGAUCUUCAUUCAAUUGAUCUUGCUGCGUACAAGCUUGAAGUACAGACCUGAUGAAUAUAAAUUUGACAAACUCGAAACAGUGGAACCUUUUACCCAGCUGCUGCAUGGAGUCUGGGUCGAAUACUUUCCGCUAAGCCCAUUCGGAUCAGACUGGAAGAAUACGAUCAAGUCGCUUUCAUUCAGAGGACUUCUGGAGUUCAACUACAAAAUUUGCUUAGUUGUGAUCUACAAAUUUCUGAAGUUCUUUGAUCCGAGCUAUAAAAGAUACUGUUCGUUUUGGCAAUGGAAUCAAGCAAUGAAUUUUUGGACGUUCCUGGCAUGUUUUUCGACAGCUCAACUGGGCCUCACCUUGUUUGUUGCCAAGAUCAUGAGCUGGACUUCUUUUGCGCAAACAAUAGGAUCCGUCAUAGGUUCUUUAAGCUUGUUUAUCGAGUCUCUUUUGCCUCUUCCGCAAAUCUCAAUUUUAAACAAGCUUAAGUCCGUUCAAGGGUUCAAGCUAAUUUUACUAGUGAGCUGGCUAUGCGGGGACAUUGUCAAGAUUAGCUAUCUGAUUUUUGGAGCAAACAAUAUAUCACCGCUAUUUUUGUUCUUUGCCUCCUUUCAAAUGUCUUUGGACUUCUACAUUGCUGGCCAAUACAUCUACUAUCGAUUUUACUACCCAAAGAAGCGGGAAAACAAAAGCUCUUUCGAAGAGAUCGAGAUGACUACAUUAGGUUCCUUACCUUCUUGA